AUGCAAUCACGCCGCGAUGAAAUCCUCGCCAAGAAGGCGAAGCUCGCCGAGCUGAAGCGACAAAGAGAGCUGCGCGCUAGCCAAGCGUCCGCAGGGCGCCAGAGCAUGAGCAGCCCUGGUGAGCUUGUGUCGCCCACGCCAGGUAGAGCAGACAGUCGACGUGAAAUCGAAUCUCUUAUAAAUAGCCUGGUUGGCGAAAGCCGCCCCGGGUCGACUACGACUGGUGGUGCUGCUUCCCCGGCCCCUCGCGGCAGUCGCCCAAACAGCGUCCUCAGUGCUGGAGGAAUUAGCAGCGAGACCUCCGAGUUCGCGGCUCCCCCCAGCGGCCAUUCAGCACCAGUGCCGCCGCCCGUACAACUAAACACAGUUCCCCUCACGACCGUCUACGAAUGUCCUCCUUCGCCCGUGAAAGAGGUCUUUUCAUACAGUAAGGGAGUUCAGACAACCGAUGGGUGGGCGACGCCGACGAGACCGCGAGCGCAAUCCUUACAGUCAGAGCAAGACGACGCGCCCAGCUCCCUAACCAGCCCGUCGAAGAAAAUGAGCAGACGAGAACGCGAGCGUGAAGAAGAGCUGCGCCAAAAGAUUCGCGAUGAAGUUGAGGAAGAGCUGAGAGCCGCAAAGGAGCGCUUGGCGGACGGGACCGAGGCUCAGCAAGCGUCUGCGACCAACUUCCCAAUUCGAGAACUGACUUCAGAAGAGCUCGAAGCUGUUACGCGAUCGGACGAAUUUGUGGACUUUUUGGAACAGUCAACCAAGGUCAUCGAGCGAGCCAUUGACCAAGAAACGUACGACAUCCUUACCGACUACUCUCUGCAAGGGAAAGACCUAGACGAGGAUGAUGAUGAGACUGGCAACACCGGCGGUCGUGGUCAGACCAGGAUAAAGGAAGUCGCUCAAUUCUACGAUGAGCGCUGGUCCAAGAAGCGCAUGAUCAGCAGCAUCGAUUUCUCGCCCAAGUUUAGCGAGCUCUUGCUGGCCUCGUACACAAAGAACCCGACAGCGCCGCACGAACCCGACGGCCUCGUGCAAGUCUGGAACACGCACAUGCACGACCGGCCGGAAUACGUCUUCACCGCGCAGUCGGACAUCCUGACGGCCAAGUUCUCCCCCUACCACCCGAGCCUCAUCGUCGGCGGCUCGUACAGCGGCCAGGUCCUGCUCUGGGACACGCGCGCCAAGGCGGCGCCCGUGCAGAAGACGCCUCUGACGGGCUUCGGCCACGCGCACCCCAUCUACUCGGUGGACAUUGUGGGCACGCAAAACGCCAACAACGUCAUCUCGUGCUCGACCGACGGCGUCGUCUGCGGCUGGAGCAUGGACGUCUUCGCGCAGCCGCAGGAGAUCCUGGAGCUGCGCAACCCAGCGCAGGCGGCCAAGGUGGCCGUCGAGGACGUCAGCCCGACCUGCCUGGCCUUCCCGCAGACGGACCCGACCUUCUUCCUCGUCGGCAGCGAGGAGGGCACCAUCUUCCCCUGCCACCGCUACGACCGCGCCGGCGCCAAGGCCGGCGUCGACCGGAAGGUCUGCUACCGCGGGCACACCGCGCCCGUCAUGUCCGUCGACUUCCACCCGUCGCGCGGGCCCGUCGACCUCGGCGACCUCGUACUGUCGUCGUCGCUCGACUGGAGCGUUAAGCUGUGGAAGGUGCGCGCGCCCGGCGCCACCUCCACCGGCGGCGGGAGCAGCAGCGGUCCCGGGGCAACCUCCACCAGCAGCGGCGGCGGCGGUGGUGGCAGUGACGGGUACCACGUGCGCCCGCUCAUCGACUUCGUGCGCGAGGACGUCGUCUACGACGCCCGCUGGUCGCCCGUCAAGCCGAGCGUCUUCGCGCUCGUCGACGGCGCCGGCUGGCUGGAGCUCUGGGACGUCGCCAAGGAGACGGAGGAGCCUGUGUCGCGCAUCACGCCCAGCCCGCGCCGCGGUGACGCCGCCGCCCGCCUCGGCCUCUCCCGCAGCCUCAACAAGCUCGCCUGGGAGCCCAACGAGGGCCGGCGCAUCGCCACCGGCGGCAUCGACGGCUGCCUGACCGUGUUCGAGGUCGCCGGCGGGCUCGGUGGCAAGGAGGGCCUCAAGAACGAGGAGUGGACGAGCGUCAAGAAGCUGGUCAAUCGCGUCGAGGCCGUGGGUGUCAACGGGGCCGUCGUCGUCUAA